CGGGUGUAGACAGCUUCCGGUCUGGCUCCCCCCGCCCCCUCCUGCGCGGCUGACGCGCUCGGGCUCCGCGGUGCCGGGCCAGGCGCAGAGUCCCCGAGUCGGCUCCCGCAGCUAUGGCCUGCUCCGUUGUCCCGUUUUGCCACUUCCAGGACCUCCAUGCCGCCCGGGACUUCCUGUUCCCGCAGCUGCGCGAGGACGCCCCCAGCGGCGCCGCGCGGAGGGACCCGGGUAAAUCAACAAACUGGGAAGAUGAUGGUUGGGGAGCAUGGGAAGAUGCAGAACUCCCAGAACCUGAGGAAGAAGAAAGUACUUGCAAGACACAGAAAACCUCCUGGCUUCAAGAUUGUGUUUUAUCCUUGUCGCCAACCAGCGACCUUAUGGUCAUAGCUCGGGAACAGAAAGCUGUGUUUCUAGUGCCAAAAUGGAAGCAUAGUGAUAAAGGAAGGGAAGAAAUGCAGUUUGCCGUUGCUUGGAGCGGUUCUCUAAGUGUUGAAGAAGGGGAGUGUGUGACCAGUGCUCUGUGUAUCCCACUAGCAAGCCAGAAGAGGAGUUCCACAGGGCGUCCUGACUGGACCUGCAUCGUGGUGGGUUUUACUUCGGGUUACGUUCGCUUCUACACUGAGACCGGCGUGCUUCUUCUGGCACAGCUGCUGAACGAGGACACGGUGCUGCAGCUGAAAUGCAGGACCUACGAGAUCCCCCGGCACCCUGGCGUCACUGAGCAGAGUGAAGAACUGAGUAUCUUAUAUCCGGCUGCCAUUGUGACCAUUGACGGAUUUAGCCUUUUUCAGUCUCUUCGUGCCUGUAGAAACCAGGUAGCAAAAGCUGCAGCAUCAGGCAGCGAGAACAUAGAGCCGCCGCCCUUGGCGUAUAAGAAAUGGGGUCUGCAAGAUAUCGACACCAUCACGGACCACGCCAGCAUUGGUGUUACGACCCUGUCCCCUUUUGAUCAGAUGAAGACCGCCUCCAACAUAGGCGGGUUCAAUGCAGCGGUCAAAAACAGCCCACCCGCCAUGUCGCAGUACAUCACUGUCGGCGCCAGCCCCUUCACCGGCUUCUUCUAUGCACUCGAGGGGAGCACACCGCCACUGUUAUCACAUGUUGCACUCGCAGUUGCAAGUAAACUCACUUCUGCUUUAUUUAAUGCUGCCAGCGGUUGGCUUGGUUGGAAAAGUAAGCACGAAGAAGAACCUGUCCAAAGGCAGAAGCCAAAGGUGGAACCAGCUAGCCCGUUAGCCGUAAGAUUUGGGCUUCCAGAUUCUCGACGCCAUGGUGAAAGCAUAUGUUUGUCGCCGUGUAACACAUUGGCAGCGGUGACAGAUGACUUUGGCAGAGUUAUUUUAUUGGAUGUAGCUAGAGGAAUUGCAGUGCGCAUGUGGAAAGGGUACCGAGACGCGCAGGCCGGCUGGGUGCAGGUGGUGGAGGACCUCCAGGAACGAGUGCCGGGGAGGGCGGACUGCUCCCCCUUCAGGAGCGGCCAGGGUCCCAGCCGGGUGGCUCAGUUCCUCGUGAUCUAUGCACCGAGGAGGGGCAUCCUGGAAGUGUGGGGCACGCAGCAGGGACCUCGCGUGGGGGCCUUCAACGUGGGGAAGCACUGCAGGCUGCUGUAUCCUGGCUAUAAAAUCAUGGGCUUAAACAAUGUCACCAGCCAAAGCUGGCAGCCACAGACGUACCAGAUCUGCCUCAUGGACCCCGUGUCGGGAAGCGUGAAGACGGUGAAUGUCCCCUUCCACUUGGCGCUGAGUGAUAAGAAGAGUGAGCGCGCCAAGGACAUGCACCUCAUGACGAAGCUGGCGGCGCUGCUGAGAGUGAGGCCUGGCCCAGAUUCGGUUGAGACGGAAAUAAAGGAGUUAAUUCUAGAUAUUAAGUACCCUGCAACCAAAACUCAAGCUUUGGAAAGCAUCCUGGCAAGUGACCAUUUACCAUUUUCCUGCCUUCGAAACAUCACUCAGACCGUCUUGGACGUGCUAAGAAGCCAAGAGCGCGCAUCUGUCGACGAAGGGCUGCUGCAGUUCUGUGCCAGUAAACUGAAGCUGCUGCAUCUCUACGAGUCCGUCGGGCGGCUCAACUCCCUCGCUCCACGUUCCGACGCACCCUUCUCCGAUGAUGACUUGGCUUCGUUACUAAGGCUUGAUGAAAAAGAACUGCUGAAGCUCCAGGGAUUAUUAGAGAAGUAUAAGCAAGAGAACACCAGGACUGUGGUCCGAUUCUCUGAUGACAUAGACGGCGCGCUGCCCGUGAAGACGUUCCUGGAAUAUCUGGAGUACGAGAAGGAUGUGCUCAGCAUAAAGAAGAUAAGCGAGGAGGAGUAUGUGGCUCUAGGCAGUUUCUUCUUCUGGAAGUGUCUGCAUGGAGAAAGCUCCACCGAGGACAUGUGCCACACUUUGGAGGCUGCUGGACUUAGCCCUCAGCUGCUGUUGUCUCUGCUGCUGAGCUUGUGGCUCUCGAAGGAGAAGGAUAUCUUGGAGAACCCGAGGUCUGUCUGCUGCCUGCACACCAUGCUGUCCCUCCUGAGCAAAAUGAAAGUGGCCAUCGACGAGACCUGGGACUCGCAGUCCGUGUCCCCGUGGUGGCAGCAGAUGCGCCUGGCCUGCGUUCAGUCUGAAAACAACGGGGCGGCACUGCUGUCGGCACACGUGGGCCACUCGGUUGCGGUGCAGAUUUCAAACCAGAUGACCGAGAAAAAGUUUCUGCAGACAGUGGCGGGGGCAGGGGCCGAUGCCGAGGCCCUCACGGACUCAUGGGAGGCGCUGUCCCUGGACACGGAGCACUGGCGGCUGCUGCUCAGGCAGCUGGAGGACUGCCUGCUCCUGCAGACCCUGCUGCACAGCGGGCCCCGGCGGCCCCAGGCCCCUGCAUUGCAGGCCGAGCCGCUGCCCCGGCUCUCGGUGAAGAAGUUGCUGGAAGCCGGGAAGGGUGGCAUUGCAGACAGCGUGGCCAAGUGGCUGUUUAAGCAGGACCUGAGCCCUGCCACGCUAACCCUGGCUCAUCAGGACGGGGACGGAGAUGGGGGAAACCCAGACGAACCCCAAGGAGGUGCUGACAGAGCUUUCCUGCAGGCACCGGAGGCCGAGGCAGAUGCAGGCGGCAUCCCAGACGCGCUGCUCUUGGCCUACAAGCAGUUUCCUUGCAGCCUGGAGCCGGACGUGCUGCAUGCACACUGCUGCUGGGAGUACGUGGUCCAGUGGAACAGAGACCCCGAGGAAGCGCGUUUCUUCGCAAGGUCAAUAGAGCACUUGAAGCACAUUGUCAACGCCCACGUCCAGCAUGGCAUCGCACUCAUGAUGUGGAACACGUUCCUGGUGAAGAGGUUUUCUGCGGCCGCGUACUUGAUGGAUAAGGUUGGCAAAUCGCCGAAGGAUAGAUUGUGCCGAAGGGACGUGGGCAUGAGCGACACAGCGCUGACCUCCUUCCUGGGCUGCUGCGUGGACCUCCUGCAGACCCUGAUGGAGGCCGACGUGGGCAGGGACGAGAUGCCGGCGCCCGUGCUGGACACCGAGGACACGUGGCUGUCGGCGGAGGGGCCUGCGUCCAUCGCGGAGCUGGCGCUGGAGCAGAAGCCGGUGCACUACCCGCUGGUGCAGCACCACUCGGUGCUGGGGGCCGUGCUCUACGCAAUGGCGCGCUUCGCCCUCAGGGCUGUCAGGCCGCUCUCGCUCUUCGACAGCAAGGGAAAAAAUGCAUUUUUCAAAGACCUAACCUCAAUCCAGUUAUUACCUAGUGGGGACAUGGACCCAAACUUACUUUCCGUCCGACAGCAGUUCCUGCUGAAAGUCGUCAGUGCUGCCGUCCAGGCCCAGCAUUCCGCCCCCAAGGACAGGGCGCCCUCAGCAGAGGCAGCGGCCACUCCUCCUGAGGAGGACCGGGACUGGCCGGCCCUGGCCGUGGACUUAGCUCAGCACCUGCAGGUCAGCGAGGACGUGGUCAGAAGGCACUACGUGGGGGAGCUCUACAGCCACGGCGUCGACCACUUGGGGGAAGAGGCCAUCCUGCAGGUGCAUGACAAAGAGGUCCUGGCCUCCCAGCUGCUGAUGCUGACCGGGCAGAGGCUGGCGCACGCACUGCUGCACACGCAGACCCGGGAGGGCAUGGAGCUGCUGGCCCGGCUGCCGCCCACGCUGUGCACGUGGCUCAAGGCCAUGAAUCCCCAGGACCUGCAGAACGCAGACGUGCCCAUCGCUGCCACGGCCAGACUGGUGCACAGGGUCCUGGAGCUCCUGCCAGCGCAGCAUGGGCAGUACGGCCUGGCCCUGCACCUCAUCGAGGCCGUGGAAGCCGUGGCGCUGCCCCGGUGCUGACGGCCGCCCUGCGCAGCUGGCGUGUCCCGUGUUCACACAGCAGACCCGGGAUUUUACGGACUAGGUCCUUUUUUAUAAGAUAAAAAUAUAUAUCACUUUUUAAAAGUUCAAUCCUAGCAAAAUUCCACACCUAUGGUUGAUACUGAAGGUGAACUAUAAACAAAUAUUAUAAUACAGAUGUUUUACUGUUUAUUUUUAAUUCAAAGUCAAGUAGCUUGUUAAAUUUUGCCAUUUAAAACUGGCUAUGGCGAUGACUAUGACUCACAGGUGUUCACUGUCAGAUUCUCUCUCACGUCCAGAUGUCACUGCUGCACCUAAACUCAGGUGUCUGUACACUCGCCAUCACCCGCUCUCCCUCCCUGCAGAAGUCUGAGGACCGGGUCACCUGCUUCACCUGGCCCUGUCCUGGAGCCGUGUGGCCGUCAGAGGACAGGGCUGGAGGUCAUCAAAGGGAGCCAGGUGGAAGCCUGAAUCCAUGUGCCAAAACAGGUCUGAGAUGCAAUCAACCAACCAGCAGUCACAGUGUAAAUUUUGUUUUUGCAAAGCUGUAUCCACAUGGGCUAAUUGUAAAAAUGUAUUAUCUUGUAAAACUAUUACGUAAAAAAAGACAAAGACAGUGAAA